AUGUCUUUGACAAACACACAACCACCGUACCCUCUCCACGAAUCGGUCAAGGACCGUCUUCACCCGGAAUAUGUCAAUUUCUACAACGAGUACAUCAUCAACGCGCAACAAGUCCACUUGCAACCUGUCUCGGCGUCGCGCGUGGGCGGCAAACUCAUUCCGGGCGGCGGAGAUCCGCUCCCCGUAGGCAAGACCCAGGACAUCGGCCUCAAGCGCCAGCAAACAACAGGGCCGGACGUGCAGAUCCGAUGUUUCACGCCUGAGGGCGAGCCGCCGGCCGCUGGUUGGCCCGUUAUGAUCUACUACCACGGCGGUGGCUGGGUGUUGGGCAACAUCGACACCGAGAACACCGUGUGCACAAACUUGUGCGCCCGGUCGCGGUACGUGGUCAUCACGACCGACUACCGGCUGGCGCCCGAACACCCGUGGCCCGCCGCGGUGCACGACUCCUGGGAAACGGUGCUGUGGGUGUUUGGACAGGGCAAGUCGGUCCUGUCGCUCGAUCUGUCGAACGUGGCCAUCGGCGGCUCCUCCGCCGGUGGGAACCUAGCUGCCAUCAUGACGCACAAAGCGCUGGGGCUCCCGAACGUCAAGUUCACCAUCCAGCUCCUCAUCGUCCCCGUCACGGACAACACGGCGAGCGUCGAGUCGAACCCAACGUACAAGGAGAACGAGUUCACCGCGGCUCUCCCCGCUGAGAAGAUGCUCUGGUACAGACGCCAUUACCUGCCCAACGAGAAAGACUGGACGAACCCUGAAUCGUCGCCGCUGCUGUAUCCGGCCGAAAACUUUGCGAAGCUCCCACCCGCCGAGGUGUUGGUCGGCGAGCUCGACGUGCUCAAGUUCGAAGGUGAAGAUUACGCCCGCAAACUGAAGGAGGCCGGCGUCCCCGCGAAUGUGCACGUUAUGAAGGGGAUGCCUCAUCCGUUCUUGGCAAUGGAUGCUGUCCUCGAAGCCGGGAGGAGGGCCAUCACCAUUCUGUGCGAGAGUUUGAUAAAGGCUUUGGCGUAA